CGGUCAUCGAUCACGUCGAGAUCAGGUCAUGAACCCCUCCUUUGCUUGAACCCGUAAGCUCGGAUUUACCGUCAAGUAAGAUGGUACACGCCGCAACCAUCGCGCCGGCUACCUCGCCUGCCACUCGCCCAGGUAGAGUGCAAACAAGAUCUGGCUCGAUAGGAAGCUUCCGUGCUGGUUCGCCUCUACCCGCUCUCCCGUCGAACCGAGCGCUAUUAUCAACUCUCCGUCGUGUACCAACACAACAUCAUUACCAAACAUUUCCGACACCACCACCGAGGACAGCCGGCCGAAGACCAGGUACGGGAUCCAGCUCUUCUGGCUCUCAAGGCCAUGAUCACCAUGGCACAACGACGCCUUUACCCGUUAAGCAGCUAGCUCUCUUAGCACUGCUAUCCUUAUCCGAACAAACGGCGCUUAACUCCAUAUCACCAUAUCUACCAGAAAUGAUUGAGUCAUUCCCCGGUAUUAGUCACGAUGAAGUCGGUCUAUAUGUCGGUCUACUAGCUUCGGCUUUUGCAUUGGCACAACUAGCGACCAAUCUUCUCUGGGGAUACCUAUCAGAUGUUAUCGGGCGCAAACCUGUUAUGUUGCUAGGCACCUUGCUGCUAUGCUUCUGUUUCGCUGCCUUUGGAUUCUGCACUAGAUACUUUCACAUCGUUCUGGUACAUGUUGCGAUGGGGCUUCUCAACGGCAACGCUGCCGUAGUUCCCACUUGUUUAGGAGAAUUGACGGAUCGGAGCAAUCAAAGCAAGGCUUUUACCUGGCUGCCUGUCGUGUAUAGCCUGGGUAGUAUUACAGGCCCUGCGCUUGGUGGUCUGCUAGUAGGCAAUAUUGCCAAAGACCGCUAUCCUUUCCUCGCACCAAAUGUUCUUGGGGCUUCUCUUCUCGCCUUGACCGUAGUUGUACUUGGUAUUUGGUUUGAAGAAACUUUGGAGGAGCAGAUCGAACUUCCCCACUGGUCUGAGUGGCUACCAUGGUUGCCUAGUUCUACAAAGCAAACCGAAAAUGGAACUACACGCUCAUGGACCUGGCCUGGAGGAAGAGACUCUGACAGCGAGCAAAGGGAAACAAACGAAGAUGAUGCGAGGGAGGACACCACUUUGCUUGGACCGCAAGAAGACGAAAACGGUGAAGACGACCCGAAAUCGCCAAAUGAUGUUCCGACAUGGCGCCAACUCUUAAACAGAACGACGAUAGUACUUCUCAGCACGCAUCUAGUUUUUCAGCUAUCCAACAGCUCCUUUAACAGUUUAUAUCCGAUAUUUGCAUCCGGAGAGACGCCUACAGGGCGAAACCUACAUGCAGAUGUUAUCGGGGUAUCGCUCUCUGUCGCUGGAGCAUUUACCAUCCUAUUCCAACUCUUUCUUUUCAUGCCGUUAAAAUCUCACCUUGGUAAUGUUAGGUCAUACCGAGGCUCUCUGCUUGGGUUUGCGAUUACUAUGGCUUUAAUACCGUUCGUUGGUUACGAGGACUCAAGCCCGCCGUUCGGUAUAGGAAGUAGCAAAUCAUGGCUAUACUUAGAGAUUGGGGUAAUACUCAUCAUUAAAAAUAUAUGCGCCGUGGGGGGUUUAUCGAGCGUGAUGUUACUUAUCACAAAUUCGGCCCCCACCCACGCGAGUUUAGGCACCCUCAACGGCAUCGCGCAGACUCUUUCAGCUGCCGGCAGAAGUGUUGGUCCUUUCCUCUCGGGCGGACUCUUUACCGUCUCGACACAUGUUCAGCCAAAAGGCGAGGCCCUUGCCUGGGGUUUAUUUGCAGGAAUAGCGUUGGCCGGAUGGCUUGGAAGUUAUGCUAUUCACGGCGAAGGCCUCGAAAGUACCGAUGAUGGGUAUGAAGCGCCUGCCACGCAAGCCGAUGAACAGGCGAGCGAUAAUCCCGCAUGAUCUCGAGGAUUCCUGUCUGACUCUUGAGAGUCGUAACAUCGAUGACGUUUGCUUACGCCAACCUCUGUAUUUGGAACCGGUGAGCGGUGAGCCGCAUAAUCGUGUUAAGGAUGCAUGAUAACGGUUUGUACGACGCCUCAAAACGUUGUUUGCUCGAAGACCUUCAGACAGCAAAAGAACAA